CUCCACCUCAGUCUUUGUGCCCCGCUCGCCCCGCCCCCUGCCCCCCCGCCGCUCGCUUUUGCGAUGCCGCCCACACCCCAUCCGCUCGCUACGGCGCGGCAGAUUGCGCACCCGCCCUCGCGCGCCGACGGGGUGCCAGCGCGUCUCGAGGCCGACCUGCGCGCGGUGGGCUGCAUGAUGAUUCAAGAGGCGGGCGUUAUGCUCAAGCUACCGCAGAGCACACUCGCGACGGCGCAGGUAGUCUUCCAUCGAUUUUUUUACGUCUCGUCGCUGGCGUCGUUUGGCGUGAAUGAUCUAUCCGUCUCGUGUCUUUACCUCGCAACAAAGCUAAAUGAAACUCCUGCACGACUGCGGGACAUCAUCAACACCUACAUGUUUCUACAGGCGCGAGUGCGCCACCUCCUCUCCCUUCCUGCCGGAACUCCUCUGCCCCGAAACCUCCGACCUGGGUCAAAGGGCGAUGAAAUAUGGACGGGUUUCUCGUUUUCCAUCCCCAGCUUUCACUCGACGGUGUUUUGGGAGUGGAAGGAGGCGAUCCAAUAUAACGAGCUGCAGGUGCUCAAGCGGCUUGGGUUCAACAUGCAGGUCGACCUACCAUACUCGCAUGUGAUCAAUUAUCUCAAGAUUCUUGAUCUUGUGUUUGACGACGGGGUAGCACAGCUAUGCUGGUCGAUCCUGAAUGAUGCCCACCUCACGCCCCUCAACGCCCAACAACCCACUCAUGUGCUCGCCGUAGCGAGCAUCACCCUCGCUACGCGCUUGCGCCAAAUUGCUCUCCCAGAAGGGUGGUAUCUCCUGUUCGACGUGAUCUGGGACGACGUCGCACCAGUGUGCGCCACCAUCGUGCAGCUGUGGCGCGACUGGGGCUGUGCGCCAGUCGAGUUUGACGCCACAGCGGACGGGCGAGAAGACGAGAGGGCACGAGAGGACCGCUGGCGCAGGGCAUGGACGCUCGCCGAGAGCCGCAAAGCCGUGCGCAAGUGGGUGGAGGAGUCGAAGAGCAGCCAAGACAUACAUCCUACAUUGUAGCAACAUACGCAUUAAUCACAGCAUUAGCCACGUCCAGCCCAAAGGAAGCAACUAGCCGCUGGAGCGGACGCUCCAUCCCCAGGCAAUGCGCCCGCGGCUGAGC